AUGGCCAAAAAAUUAUUUAAUAUCGAUGGUGAAAUUUUCGAAGGCAUGGAAGUUUUGGGAGCUGGCGGAUUUGGCAUAGUGAUCCGGGCAAAGUGGUUAUCAAAAAAUGAAAAAGAAGUUGCCAUCAAAUUUGAACGCAAACGAAACCGUCAAUCUGUUUGUGGAAUUGAAACAGAAAAAGAGGUUUAUGAAGUCCUAAAACAUACGGACAUUUUAUGUGUCCCUUCAGCUUACAUGUUUGCCGAGGACACAAAUUUUCGAUACAUGGUCUUAAGCCUACUUGGACCGACUUUGAAGAAAAUCUGGCUAGAUGAUUCCAAAAUGAACGUCGUUGACAUUGCGCUCAAACUGAUUGAUGCCAUUGAAAUCUUUCAUUCAACUGGUUAUGUUCAUUGUGACAUAAAACCCGAGAAUAUCGCCAUGGCCAUGACAUCUGAUCAGUUGAUUUUAUUCGAUUUUGGCGUAUCCAAGUAUUUGGGGAAAGAGCAGUCGAAAAAUGUGGUACCAGCUGGCUCCGCACUAUUUAUGAGCACUAAUAUGCUCAAAGGACAACUAACAUACGCAAAUGACCUGAAAUCAAUUGCUUAUUCGUUGGUGCUAUUACAAGGCAAACAAUUGCCGUGGUCGGAUUUGGUGUCAAAUCGCAACAAAAUGAACGAGCGCGAUUUCUUGGAAAAAUUACUCAAUUUGAAAGAGAAGACAAACGACGAGAUCCAUAAAGGGAUCGAGCCACCAUUGCGUAAAUUCAUCAAACAAAUAAUGCAAUUGAAAAAUGACGUGAAUUACACAAGCCUACGAAAAAUGCUGGAUUCAGCUCAAUAA